GGUCGUUGUAAGGGUCCAUCUGGAAAACUUAUUGACAAGAAUGGAAGAAAACCAAUGCCUGGAGAUAUGAUUGAGAUUUUUCGUGAUCACUAUCAGCACUGGGCUGUCUAUAUUGGCAAUGGCUAUGUUGUCCAUUUUGUAACAGAAGCAUUGCAGUCUGGCUCCAGCCCAGUGCCAGAUAGUAAAGGAAGUGUGAGAAAAGAUCUCUUAAACCCACGUCACAGUGAUGAAAUUGUGAAGUCGGCAUGUUCACUUGAGGGUGCAAAUCUGACAUACAGCCUUAUGAAGUACAACUGUGAACACUUUGCCACUGAGCAGCGCUAUGGCAGAGCAGAGUGCAGACAGGUCAUUAAGGCUGCAGCUGCUGGCGUCACCAUUGUGGGUGCGCUUGGUGGUUCGUUCAUGGGAGCAUCGAUGAUGCAUUAG